AUAAGCAUAAAUACUCUUGUUUUGCAGCGCCAGCCAGCCUUUGACACCUUUGAUGGGUCCCUGUUUGCUGUCUUGCCCUCCCUGAAUGAAGACCAAGCCCUCCAGGAGGUGCCCACAGGCCUGGACUCCGUUUCUCAUGACUCGGCCAACUGUGAAUUGCCCCUGUUAACCCCAUGCAGCAAGGCCGUGAUGAGUCAAGCCCUGAAAGCUACCUUCAGCGGCUUCAACAAGGAGCGACGCAGGCUGGGCAUCCCCAAGAACCCCUGGCUGUGGACGGAGCAGCAGGUGUGCCAGUGGCUUCUCUGGGCCACCAACGAGUUCAGUCUGGUGAACGUAAACCUCCAGAGGUUUGGCAUGGACGGCCAGGUGUUGUGCAACCUAGGCAAGGAGCGUUUUCUGGAGCUGGCACCCGACUUCGUGGGUGACAUUCUCUGGGAGCAUCUGGAGCAGAUGAUCAAAGAAAACCAAGAAAAGACAGAAGAUCAGUAUGAAGAAAAUGGCCACCUCAACGCAGUUCCUCACUGGAUUAAUAGCAAUUCAUUAGGUUUCGGCGUAGAGCAGCCGCCAUACGGAAUGCAGACGCAGAAUUACCCUAAAGGCGGCCUCCUGGACACCAUGUGUCCAUCCACGGCAGCGCCUGGGGCCCUCAGAUCUGAGCAGGAGUUUCCGAUGUUCCCCAAGUCUCGGCUUGACACCGUCAGUGUCAACUACUGCUCCCUGAGCCAGGACUUCGCGGGCAGCAACCUGAGUCUGCUCACCAGCGGUUCCGGGAAGCCCGGAGACCGCGACCCCCCCGAGAGCGGCGGCGACAGCUUCGAGAGCUCGGACUCGCUGCUGCAGUCCUGGAACAGCCAGUCGUCGCUGCUGGACGUGCAGCGUGUACCUUCCUUCGAGAGCUUCGAGGACGACUGCAGCCAGUCCCUGUGCCUCAGUAAGCCGACCAUGUCUUUCAAGGAUUACAUCCAAGAACGGAGCGACCCGGUGGAGCAAGGCAAACCAGUUAUACCUGCGGCCGUGCUGGCCGGCUUCACAGGAAGCGGACCUAUCCAGCUGUGGCAGUUUCUCCUGGAAUUGCUGUCUGACAAAUCCUGCCAGCCAUUCAUCAGCUGGACUGGGGACGGAUGGGAGUUUAAGCUUGCUGACCCCGAUGAGGUGGCCCGCCGGUGGGGAAAGAGGAAAAACAAGCCCAAGAUGAACUAUGAGAAGCUGAGCCGGGGUCUGCGCUAUUACUAUGACAAGAACAUCAUCCACAAGACGUCAGGGAAGCGCUAUGUGUACCGCUUCGUGUGCGACCUGCAGAACCUGCUGGGGUUCACGCCCGAGGAACUGCAUGCCAUCCUGGGCGUCCAGCCGGACACGGAGGACUGAGGCCCUGGGGACUUGCGAGCGGGGCCGUCCUGAUGGACUGCUCCCAGGACCCUGCCAGGCCAGAUUGAACACGUCCAGGAAAGUCGCCAAGAAGCAGUGGCCUUAUUUCAUCCAAAAGUGCGGUUCUUCGCCCAAAGCAGCACGGUUUCUCGCUUCGAAAGCCUGUGGACAGGAAAACGCUAUUUAUAAUGCAAUUACAUUAAAGUGGCCGCGAGGGCAGCGCUGGGAAGCCAUCCUGCCUCCGAGCAGGCUGUGUGACAGGAUCGUUCAGGCUAUUGCACAUGCUCCAAGGAGUGAGCAUGUCGUGGACACACACAAUUUGGGGUUUCUUUUGCCUUUUGCAACCAGGAAUGACAAAUGCAAAAGUGGUUUCUUGUUUCAGAGGGUAGGAGGCAGCAAGGAAAUACUCAUGCCAUUUCAGAGGUUGGUUUGUAUAUAUGACUGUAAUCUUAUAAUUGUUAUCAAAAUCCUGUAACAGUUCUAUUUAACAGAAGUUGUAUAUUGUAAUUUAAAAUAAUUAUAUAACUGUAUGUGAAAUAACAAUGCCGACAUGCAAUGUUUAUUCCAUUUUUCAAGAGUGCAUGUGGCAUUUUGCAAACAUUGAAUCUGCCGAGGGCAGACUAAGGGAAGUUGUAAAAUGUGUAUGACUGGCAUGUACUAUGCCUACAGGAGUAAGUCAUGAGAGGGCUAAUCCCUGUUUUGUUUUGUUUUGUUUUGCCUGGGUUAUUAUCUGGCAAGGACUUUGUACAUUUGGGAAUUUUUAUAAGAAAUGUAAUGUUAUUAUUCGGGGGCACAUCUGGCCCCUGCUUUCUCCUUUAAUUGUAAUGUAAAAGCUAUAAAGCAGUAUUUUUCUUGACAGAUGGCAUAUGUUUUCCAUUUCUAUGCAUGCCUUUAAAUCAGUUGAUGCACAAAACCUAUUUCUUUAACUGUGUUUCCCCCACAACUACCCUCCCCGACCAGCCAUUUCCACCCCGUACCCCACUUCCAAGCCCCAAGUUAUUCUGUAUGAUUAAGAUAAGAAUACUAUUUUUGGAAAUAUGCAACUCCUUUUCAGAGAUCGGGGGCUUUACAUAGCAGCUAUUUUUACUGUAAAAGUAAUUCACUGGAGAAAGAUGUAAUUUGUAAAAAAGCUUUAUUUUUUACCUCAGCUUCAUGUAAAGAUAAAGGGCUGAAGGUUUGGGGGUGCGGGGGGAACCGGGGAGGGAGAACCUCGGGUAUGAAUGAAUGAUUUCUCCCAUCCUUGUUGACUGCCGCGUUGGGCUGGGGAUACCAGGCUGCUCCUUUCUGCUCAGUAUCCACAGCAAGGUAGUUUUGUUUUGUGUUUUUCCUAUUUUCUUGGACGCAGAAUGUCCAGAGGCCAACAGAGGAAACGCGAUGGAAAAGAGUGCUUUGGGAAGUUCACAUGAGAACACGUUCUGAUUGUGAUGGAGUCCUUGUUGUUGCUUCUAAGGAGCGUCUGGGUCAGCGUGUAUUCCUGGCCUGUGCGUGAUCCAGUCCGGUUGGUUUCAAAGUUGGACAGGCCUCAAUAGUGGUGUUGAGGACACUUGGACUGGUGGCUGACAGCUCUAAAGAACCGUCCGUGUGAUGCUUAGGCGCAAGCUGGGAAGAGCAAAGCCGCCCCAAGACCCACACAAGGCAAUUUCCAGUAUCUUUAAACACAGGAUGUUUCAGGCAGGACCUGUUUAUCGCUCGGACAUCUGUUUAUAACAUCAACAGACGUGACUGGGAACAUCUUGCUGCCAAAACAAACCUUAGCCAUGGGCUCAUUUUCUAUGGGGUUGAGCUCCACGAAAUCACCAAUAUUUGUUUCCUUUUAUCUGCAAAGCUGGCAGUGUCAUGCGGUCCCACCUAAUAGUAACGGGAACUGAGGUCCAUUGUAAACCUUUGGCAUGGUGAUGAACAGAACUUAAGUACAAAACUUUUGUAAUUUGGCCGUUUCUUUCUCAAAUAAUAAAGUAUUUUGUUUAUAUAAACUC